AUGGCUCUGCUGUUGCUCCUGGGGCUGCUGGGGCUGCUGGGCCUCUGGGGGCUGCUCUGCACCCGAGCCCCAGGCCUCUCCUCAGCCCCACAGUGGCCCCCUGGGCCUCACCCACUGCCACUCUUGGGAAACCUGCCCUUGCUACGAGCUUCACAACAGGACCGGUGGCUCAUGGAGCUGUCAGAACGCUAUGGACCAAUGUUCACGGUUCACCUGGGAGGCCAGAAGACUGUGGUGCUGUCGGGCUAUGAAGCCGUGAGGGAGGCCCUGGUGGGCACCGGGCAGGAGCUGGUGGACCGGCCCCCCAUCCCCAUCUUCCAGCUCAUCCAGCAAGGCGGGGGCAUCUUCUUCUCCUCUGGGGUGCGCUGGCGGGCCGCCCGCAGGUUCACAGUGCGCGUGCUGCACAGCCUGGGUGUGGGGCAGGGCGCCAUGGCCGGCAAAGUGCUGCAGGAGCUGGCGAGUCUCACAGAGAAGCUGGACGGCUGUGAAGGCCGGCCCUUCCCACUGGCCCUGCUGGGCUGGGCUCCCUCCAACAUCACAUUCACGCUCCUCUUCGGCCAGCGGUUUGAUUACCAGGAUCCUGUGUUCCAGUCCUUGCUAGGUCUGAUUGAUGAGGUCAUGGUCCUCUUGGGGUCACCCAGCCUACAGGUAUUCAACAUCUAUCCACGGCUGGGGGCCUUGCUUGGUCUGCACAGGCCUGUCCUGCACAAGAUCGAAAAGGUACGAGCCAUCCUGAAGACAAUCCUGGAGGCGCGGCGGUGCCCCACAUCCAGGGGUGGCCCCUUGCAGAGCUAUGUGGAUGCCCUGAUCCAGCAGGGUCAGGGGGAUGAUCACCAGGCCCUGUUCUCUGAGGCCAAUGCUGUGGCCUGCACUCUGGACAUGCUCAUGGCUGGCACUGAGACCACCUCAGCUACGCUGCAAUGGGCAGCCCUCCUGAUGGCCAAGCACCCAGACAUUCAGGGCCGUGUGCAGGAGGAGCUAGAUCGUGUGCUGGGCGCAGGGAGGCUCCCAAAGCCUGAGGACCAGCAGCAGCUGCCCUACACCAGUGCAGUGCUGCAUGAGGUUCAGCGCUACAUCACACUGCUGCCCCACGUGCCCCGCUGCACGGCCAGUGACACCCGACUGGGUGGCUACCUGCUCCCCAAGGGUACUCCUGUGAUCCCCUUGCUGACCUCGGUACUGCUGGACAAGACCCAGUGGGCAACCCCUGACAAGUUCAACCCGGGGCACUUUCUAGAUGUGGAUGGGCACUUUUUGAAGCAGCCAGCCUUCCUGCCUUUCUCUGCAGGCCGCCGUGUCUGUGUUGGAGAGAGCCUGGCCAAGACUGAGCUCUUCCUGCUGCUGGCUGGCUUACUCCAGCGUUAUCACCUGCAGCCCCCACCUGGCAUCAGCCUCGCUUCCCUGGACACCAAGCCUGCCCUGGCCUUCACGAUGCGGCCCCAGGCCCAGGCCCUCUGUGCAGUGCCCCGGAAUUAGGGUGCUCUGCCAGGUGACAUCUGCCUGGCCCACAGCACAGGCUGCCCAGAGGGCAAUGGGACAGCAGCAGUGCCCCAAGCAUGAGUGGCAGGUGGACCCAUGGUGCCCAUAAUCACAAAGGGCCAGGCAUCCAGCAUCUGGCUUCUGUGUGCAAAUUGCGUCCACCCUGGGCAGGAAACAGGACAUUUGUUAGGGUGCCACAGCAAGGGACAUGACCCCCACGGCCUUUCUGUCUGUCUCCACCCUCCCUGCCCCCUGCAUCCCAAUACCAGACUCUCCUCUACUCUUGCCCCCUGGGGCAGCCACGCUGUCCAUGCAGAAUGGAUGUGUCCCUUUGGUGCUCCCCUCCCACCUCAGACCCCAGGAGGCCUCACAUUGCCCCCAUGCCCUGUGACACAUCAUCUGCAGUGUCCCACAUCCUCAGCCAGGGCCGAUGUCUGCCAGAUGCCCCAAUACCUGCAGUAGAUGAUGCCUGGUCCUGGGGGCACUAUGUACCAUAGAUCAGCCUGGGCUGGUAUUGCCAGCUCUCACCUUGCACCAACCAGGCCUGUAGACCUGGCUGAUUCUCCUGUAGAUGCCCUGCUCUGGCGGUCCUAGGGAGCAGUGAUUGGAGGCCUCUGCUGUACCACCAAAUGGUGCCCUUGCUCCUCCAAACUAGUAUACUCCCCAAGAUGGGUGCUGGAGCUGCAGGGCUCUGGUCUGCCCCAAUGUGCUGGGGACCUGGAGCCUGGACCUCGGUUUACCCGUCUGUGAAACAGGUCACAACAGCUGCAGGAUCAGUAAGCUUUGUUAGGAGGUGCCGGUUGAGGCAGCCCAGGCUAAGACACCAGAAUCCCAGGGGCCAGCAGGGAACCAGGGGUGCCCACAGGAAGGGGGAACCAGGGGUGGCAGUGCUGGGGAAGAGAAGCCCCUGAGACCUCAGGGGGCACAUGGGGAACAGAAAGGUCACUGGCAAGUCCUUCAGCCCGACCACACCUAUGCCCAGGGAGGUCAGAGACCCUGUCAGGGCAGCCACCACUGGAAGAACCAGCUGCUCAGGGCCCCUGUGGAUGACAGUGUGGCAUUUGUGGGAGGAGGCUGGCCCUCACCUGCCACCCACCCUCAAGGUAGCCUGGCAAAGAUGGGAAACUGAGGCACCAAAAUGCAUAAAGUCCAGUGAGGGUUCCACUCUCCCCACUGCCAUGACACACUGAAGCCUUGAGGGCAGGACCUGGGGCUGGGUGGCACCUGUUGCCCUCCAGCCUCCAUGGCCUCCUGUGGGCUGGGCUGGAGACCUUGGUGGCUGUUUGGUUUCCAACCCAUCUUGUGAGGUAGUUUGCUGACUUCUGUCUUCACUGUGGCAGAAGUAGACACCUGCCUGGCCCCCACAGCUCCCAGAGAUUGCUCUGAGGUGGGUUUCUCCAGUGUGGGCCUCUGUAGGACACACACCAGGUUAUCCAUCUUAGUAGGGUUGUGUGUGACACCUGUCAUCAGUUCAUACCAGCCUCUCUUUGGGCCAUUGUCCUCAGGUGAGGUCACAAGCAGGAAAACAGCCUCCCACACAGAUUGGAGAGGGCACCUGCAGAGCCCUGUGGUAAUACUGCUGAGGAAGGUGCAGCCCCAGCAGGCACAGUGCAGUCAGGUACCAGUGGGUUGUCCCCACACUAAAUGCACCAAGACGAAGGUGGACUGCGAUGGGAUCCACAAGACACAAAGGGCAGGUGAUUUUAAGGAAUCAAGAGUCUGAUCUGGAAGCAAAGCUUUGUGUUUCCUCAGGACACUAGGAAGGUGCAGGACUCCUCACCUCCUGUCCCUCAGGGCCACUAUACACACAUUAGCACCUGUGGGUGCCAUUAUGAUCCCAGCUGUGCUGUGGGCAGGGGCAGGGUCCUAUACCGAAAGGAGUGGUACCCUGUUCACAGUAGAGUGGGGUUGGGGCCUACGUGGCACGACCCUCAGAUUUCUCCCAACCCAGAGUCUAGGGUCUGUGGUGACAGAUGGCAAGAGGAGUGGCUAGCAAGGGACAUGUGCAGGGCCCCUGGCUGGGUGUUUAAAGCGAUUAACCCUGAAAUCACAGUGGCAUCUGGAGUCACAGGCCAAGGCUGAGCACACAGUUUGCAGACGAGGCCUGGGACAAAGCUUAUCUUCUGUUUAAGUUGUGACCAGCAACAGCACUGCAGUCCUAACCCUAACCUGACUCUCCCGCUCUGCCAUCUGGGCCGGCAGGAAGCUGCCCACCUGUGUGACCCAGCCCAGAGCUGCUGGCUGCCCUCAGGCCCUGAGGCCUCCUGAAGGCAGCCUGGCUUCAGCCCCACCCUCUUGGCUCGGGCCAUCACUGGCAGCUUCCCCACAGCCACCUGGGCUGGGUUGGCACAUCUGUCACUUGGGAGUGCUGGCAGCAGGGACCCGCGAUGUGCUGGGAACUCGAAGAUGCCUCAUCUUGUGCAGAGUGUGUCCUAGAAGGGAUGGCCACCAAACACCUGCAGAAGAGGCUGAUGAACUGACCACUGGGAGUAUCACAUACGGAGCUUGGAUGCCAGAGCAGGACGCUGUCCUGGGGAGGUGCUGC